ACAGGUGGGUCAGAUUAACUCUGGAGGGCUCAGGACGUUCAUUCUAUUAGCUCCCGUGCUGGGAAUGAAAUCGCCACUCCCGCCCGCCACAGUCCGAGAGCUCGUGCGGUCAUGUCUGCAUAGAGACCCUGUGGCGGCAGACCUGCGCUGCAGCCUCUUUGCCGCUGCCGCACUGAGUUACAAGCGGGACUCUGUGCUCCGACCCUUCCCCCCACUAUACCUCAGUGGGGACAACAAGGAAUUUGAGGCCCUGCUGGCAGACGUUAACGCCCUGCCUGGGGUGAGGGAGUUGGUGCGACUGGGCCCUGGAGAAGGGGAGCGACACCUUGCCCUAAUGCACUGGGUCCUCUCUUCCAAGAACUUUGCUGUGAAGACACUUCAGAAGGAUGAGUAUGCUAGAAUUCGAGAACUGACCGAGUGUGAUGGAGUGUCAGCCCCUGUCCCAGACUUCCUGUUUGAGCUGGAGUACUGUGAUCAGAUGAACGCUAAAUUUGAGAAGACCAGGGGAGAGCGGGACCUCCUUUAUGCUUUCCAUGGCAGUCGACUGGAGAACUUCCAUUCCAUCAUUCACAAUGGUCUACACUGUCACCUGAACAAGACUUCACUGUUUGGCGAAGGCACUUACCUCACUAGUGACCUCAGCAUGGCUGUCCUCUAUAGUCCUCAUGGCAACGGUUGGCGUGAGAGUCUUCUGGGGUCAUUGCUAAGCUGCGUCGCUGUGUGUGAGAUCAUCGAUCACCCAGACGUGAAGUGUCAAGUGAAGAGGAAAGACUCUGAGAGAAUUGACCGACAAAGAGCAAGGGCAAGGAACAGCGAAGGAGGAGAGGUGCCUCAGAAGUACUUUGUGGUUACCAACAAUCAGCUGCUCCGUGUCAAAUACCUGCUGGUGUACUCCCAGAAACGACGCCGCACCAGGCACACCAGAGGGACAUCCUGGCUGGUCAGACACCACUUUGCCAUCAUGAUGAGCCUGUAUCUGCUGUUACUCAUCCUUAUCGGUGCCUUCAACUCCACCGCCUUCCAGUCCUUCUGGCACAAACUGUUUCGGUGAGAGAAGAGCAGACAUAAUCCUCCCUCAGUGCUCUCCUCCCCACCCAAAGUGCCUUCUCUUUAACGGGGCCGGACAAUCAUGCAGGAGACUCACUUUCCCUGACCAUACAGGAACACGGUGUUCUGCACAUUGGUUCUUCUCCUCCUCUCUCUUCCUUUUUAAUAUAUUUGUUUUUUUUUGUACAGCGGUUGGCAUUAGUUGCUCGAGUCUAUGACUGCCAGUUCUGUUUACGCUACAGGUAUGAGUUUUUAGUUCGUCUGUUGUACAAGGUUUCUGUCUCUCAUCAAGCAUGGAACAGGAGAAAUGGAAACAUCACAAUAACUGAAACGCAUAUCGGGCGUCUUUGAACAUCAUGUUCUCACAGAUCUAUUUUAACUGUUUUAGGCCAGGCUCUGUUCAAUGCACUACUUUUAUAAAUGGCAGACAGAAAGAUUGUGAAAUAUUGGCAGCAUGCUGAUGGAGACAACGCCAUUCCUUUCAUGGACCCCCAAGGGCUUACUGCACCAUGUAACUGAAGUCUCUUUGCAUUCCAGUCUCGGUUCUUGAAUGUAGGCCUCUGCUUUUGAAUGUGGGCCUAUUCUCCACUAACGCUUAAAUGCCAUCAUUUGCAUCCAAGAUUGUUAUUUAGUCCCACUUUAUGUUACAUUCUGAUAUGAUUUUUACAGUAUGAGAGCGUAACAGUUCAUUCCCUGCGACUAUGACUGGUGGGGAGGAUGCAUGGGAUUUGCUGAAGCUGUGACGCAUAUUCAGCAUCUACACUGAGUCAUGCGCUGCGCUGUUAUGCACUUCAGUUGUCACUAAGGGCAGUGAGAAGAGAAAAAAAAAAAAAAAACUUAAUGAAUGCAGAUGAACCUUCUAUGCAGAAGUGUUCAGUUCAUCCUUUGCUUGCACUCUACCUCCAGACAGCACAGGCAGUUGUCUUUUUUUCAUGCUUUGAAAUGUAUUGGGUUUGGGCACAGCUCUGAUAGACACCUGCUUUCAUGUUCUGUUAAGAAAAGGAAGUUCCCAUGUAAUGUACCACCACAAUGUAGCCUUGGGCAUUUUAAGUUUCUUCAAUAUGUGUAAUUGGUUGAAAGUUGUUUUUUAAUAGAGUAUUUUCUCAAAAUAAUAUUGUAAUUACUUCUAAUAUAUUUCUUGCUGUGAUCAGCAGCUGCGUCUUGCCUCAGUUUUUUUUUUUCCUAUGCAAGGACAAGUACUGUAUUGUAAAUUACUCAUUUAAAAAGCUGACUGUCGAAGAGGUUAGCAGUUUUUGUCUUUGUUUUGUCUCUGUUUUACAUUAUCUGAGUCAUGGUAAGUGUGCUUUGCUUUAGUUUUCAGUAUUCAUUUGAAAGUAUUGGGGGCAUUUAGGCCAAAAUGCUAUGGCACUUGUGUUGAGGAACGAGUCUAAGGGACUAUUGAUUUUUUUUU